ACUUUCCAGACCGCCGACAAGUGGUACACGGCAUUGGCCGAGAUGCAUAUCGCAACCCUCGUGUUCCAGCAUAACGACAUGGUUGAGUUUGAGGACGACUGCAAGACGAAGUCUGUUGCUCGCCAACUGUUUCUCAGGCUCGCCAAACAAGGCCGACUGUCCAACUUUGGAUUUGCCCCGGACAACUGGUCCACAUAA